AUGGCGCAGUUGCCUCUCGACAAGACGUUCUUGCUCGCCGCGUGGUUAGAGUCUCUCGCCUACGGCUUCUUUCUGUGCCUAUUCUGCGGCACCAUGCUGUUCACCUUCGGCAGCGGCCACCGAAACGACAUCCACAGCAGAGUCAUGGUCGGCAUAUCCUGCGUGAUGUUCUUCAUCGCCACGUGGCACCUCGCCAUGAAUGGGUUCCGCCUCCUCCAGGGCUUCGCUGUGCACGUCGGAGAUCCCGGCGGCGCGGUGGGGUACAUCGGGAACCUGCGGCGGUGGGACCAUGUCAUGAAGGACACACUCUACGCGACACAGGAGAUCUUGGGCAACGCCGCCGGGAUAUACCGAUGCUUCAUACUAUGGAACAGCGACUGGAGAAUCAUCGCGCUGCCGCUCUUCCUCCUUGUCGGAAGCCUCGUGUCCGGCUACACAGUCUGCGCGCUCUUCGUCCAAAUCGACCCCACGCAGUCCGUCUUCACGAACAGACUCAACUCGUGGAUCCAGGCCUUCUACGCGAUCGCCGUCGUGCAAAACAUCAUCACCACCUCCCUCAUGGCCUUCCGCAUCUGGCGCACGUCCACGAAGUCGGCGCAGUACAAGACCGAGAACGCCCUGCUGCCCAUAGCGCGCAUACUGAUCGAGUCCGCGGCGUUGCAGCUCGUCGUGGAGAUCCUGCUGCUGGCGCUGUACUCGCGGACGGUGAACGCGCAGUACAUCUUGCUGGAGCUGGUGACGCCUACGGUGGGAAUCACGUUCAACGCUAUCACCAUUCGUAUCAAGCUGCGCGCCAUGAGCAACAGCGCCAACUCCACCGUGUUCUCGCGGUCCGAGCCGGUGCAAACGAUUGGGAGCAUGCCCAUGAAGCGCAUCAAAGUCGAUAUCACAACCCAGAUGGAGGACGAUGCAGAGGCAAAGCGCAGCUUUCCGGGAGGCGCUGACCACACCCCAUCGGAUGCUUGA